AAAAGUUUGAGUUUCACAAUCCACUGAGAAGAGAAAUCUUCAAGAGAAAGUCUUGACGUAAAUAAAAGACGAAAAGAACCGAAAUAUUCCGGAACAUUGUGAAUACUCGAGGUGUUUGAAACCAAGAACAAUGGACGUGGAGGCCAAGAGAAUUAUGGCUCUUUCUGUUAGUAAACUGUAUUCAUUGAGAAUCCAGCGCGGGGGAUUGAGACUUCACCGGAGUCUCCUGCUCUCCAUGACCAUGAGAGCCGCCCGGGACAUCUACCACACCGCUGUGUUGCUCAAAGACAAGGAGGAGAUGCAGGUCGUUUCGUGCGCCUCGGAACCAGCCACUGAGGAGCCUAUGGAGAUCAGUAAAGACCAAAGCACUGUCAGUGACUCUACAGUGACUGAAACUCCCAAAGAGAUCUCCGCAAAACCUCAUGAACCCAAAGAGACACCAGAGGAGGACAAAGAGAACCGAGGCGCAAAUCAAUGCGCACGGCACUCCAGGAAGCGCAGCGGUAAGACGGCGGUCGAGCCUGACUUUCUGCCGCGGAAGAAGCGGAGAAUGGACACGACUGACGAUAAGCAUUACGCACAGGGCGAGGUCUUAAGGACGACUCAUGAAAACAGCUGCCGACCAGCUGAAACACUGACAGCGUUCCCGACAAAUCGGGCCAUCGGUGCGUGUUGAGCAAGACGCGCUUUGGAUAGUUCCAAGAAUCAUCUCCCUUGUUGGGAAUUUCCUGGACAAACUGGUACUUCACUGACCAGUUAAGGCGGUCCGAAUGGAGUUGGGACUCCUGAGUGCCUCGGCUCGCCAGAUGACCGAGGAGAGCUCACGAAGGAGCCCGCGGAAUUAAAGCACAGGAUCCGGAUCCAGUGUGAUCCGAACCGCCGUGGAAUCACCGGAGCUGCUUUAUUGUUCAGAUGAGUCAGAGAUGAAGUCUGACUCUGAUCUGAUAGCAGAUGCUGACUCAACGAAGUUGAACUUUGUGGAAAGAGGAACCUCUUGAUAUUUUGUCCUAUAUGAACUGUACUACUAUGAGAGACAAACACAUCUUGUUCAUCCAGUUGCACACCGUUGUUGAACAAUCUGUGGUUAUAAUGUGACUUGCCAAUGUUUUACCCUAAAAACAAAGUGUUAAAAUGCACUAUCGCACUGAAUAAUUGCACAGAAGGAUAUGUUGGACACAAUGGACUUACAAUUUACCAGCUGUGUUUAGUGUUCUGUCUUUGGUUGCAAUAAACUUACAAAUGUUCAA